AUGAAGAUCUCCGCCAUUCUCUCUACCUUGAUGGUCGCCGGCCUCGUUGCCGCCGCUCCUCCUGCUGAGCGUCCUACCGACCUCCAGAAGCCUCCGGUUCCUCUUCCUACUGCUGAAUCUCCUGUCCCGCCCAAGUCGGACAACGACAACAGCAAGCGUGGAGAUGUUCCCCCGCCUAAGAAGCCUACCGAUCUGCCAGCUCCUCCCAAGGAUCCCAAGGAGAAUGACAAUGGCAAGCGCGGUGACGUGCCACCUCCACUUCCUACCGACAAGCCUCUUCCUCCUAAGGAGAAGGGAAACGAUAACGACAAGCGUGGCGAUGUCCCUCCUCCCCCUCCCACCGAUAAGCCCCUUCCUCCUAAGGAAGAUGACAAGGGCAAGCGUGACGAGGUUCCCCCUCCUCCUAAGCCCACUGAGGACAAGCCCGCUCCCCCGAAGGAGAAUGACAAUGACAAGCGCGGUGAUGUGCCGCCUCCUCCCCCGACGGACAAGCCUCUCCCUCCCAAGGAGAAGGACAAUGACAACGACAAGCGUGGAGACGUUCCCCCUCCCCCUCCCACUGACAAGCCCCUCCCGCCCAAGGAGAAGGAGAACGACAACGACAAGCGUGGAGACAUCCCUCCCCCUCCUAAGCCCACCGAGGACAAGCCCGCUCCCCCUAAGGAGAACGACAACGGAAAGCGUGGCGAUGUCCCCCCUCCUCCUCCUACGGACAAGCCUCAGCCUCCCAAGCCUGCUCAGCAGUAA